AUGGCCUCAGCAAGCAACCCUGUUCCGCCCGAAGACGGCCCGAAGCUCGUGACGGAAAAGCAAUACAAGGACCAAAUGGCGUUCUAUGAGGGAAAGAUCGCGGGAGUAGUGCAAAAAUGGCGGAGUACGGCACCGGGCGAAGAAAAGGAAAUUAGGAGAUUAUGGAGGAAGCUCCACAAAUGGGUGACCGACGCGGGCGAGGCCGCGGGCAUCGCCGACGCGAACGGGUGGGACGUGGACAUGCCGUCGUUGGUGAUAUCCAGCAUGGAGGAAUUGGCAGCUCCAGCGGACUUGGAUCUGUAUCGAAGGUUCGCCCGAAUCAAACCGAACGACCCGAGGAUCGCGAGCAAUGAGUGGUUUACGGGGUCUCAAGAGCCUGCUACCCCUGGUAGGGAGCCGUCGCCUGUCGCGGGCGCGCUGCGACCGAUUCCCACCGCUCCCCGCCCGCACACGGCUGUUGCGUUCGCUCUCCCGCAGCACCAAGCCGACGAGAUGGAGACUUCGGCAAACCCUUCGAAACUCACCACCCACGGUGCCGUUGGGCCGAAGAACACGAAGACGAGUGCGUCCAUGAAAGGGAAGGGCAAGGAGCGUGCGAUCACCAUCGACUCCGAUGCGGACGACGACCGGGAGCCUCAGCAGGUUGUGCCGAAGGCUAAGAAGGCCCCGAGCAGCAAACCGAAGCCGAAGAAGCGGGCGGUCAGUGUCCCCGAGGUGGAAGAGGACGACCAGCCGGAACCAGGGGUGCCGAAGAAGAGGACGACGGCCGCCAGCAACGCGAAGGGAAAGGAGCGGGCGGUCAGGAUACCCGAAGAGGAACAGGACGACGAGCCGGAACAGGCUGUGCCGAAGAAGACGACGGCGGCGGCCAGCAAAGGGAAAGGAAAACAGCGAGCUGAGAGCGUCGUCGCCGACGAUCAAGACGACCGGGUACCGCACAAGAGUGUUCCGGUCCGCCCAAUCCUCAAGAAGGCGGUGUCGGAGAUCCCCUCCGAAUCCGAGCCGGAUGUAACUCCCGGCAUGGACCUCGAGAACCGGAUCGAAGAGGCCAUCGAAGUCGAUGAUUACCGGACUCUCGUCAAGAUCUGCAAAGCUGAGCGCGCGCGGUUGAACUUGGGAGAGUUUAAUUGGGCGGGCUCACACAACAAGCGGCGUGAGAAUUGGAUUCGCCUCAUGGACACGAAGUGCCAGCGGUGCCAUUCAAUGCACUGCUGGAUAUCGAGUGACCCCAGAAGAGACGUCACGACAUGCGACGAGUGCUUCCGCAAGCAUAGGCCCUGUGUCCCCUUCGACGCGGAGGUCCCAGUUGACCCCGAGUCCGGGAGGUCCCGCUCCCGAUCGCGCACUCCGUCGGCGGCGAAGGCUAACCCUCGGAAGCGAGCCCGAUCUGCGUCAGUGGCGUCAGUGGCCACUGUGCCCCCCGACACAGACCCUGAUGGCGGGGCGGACUCCGACACCGCCUCCGUCGCAAGUACGUCCUCCCGACGAAGCACGCGCAUAACCCGCCGCCCGUCAAAGCGGCCCCGCAUCGUGUCCGAGCCAGCGAAGCGGACGCGCGGACGCUCGCAGAGCAAGCGGAGGGAUGCUACGGUAGAACUACAAGUAGUCGAGACGCCCCGUGGGACGACCCCCAGCGACGUCGCCGGCCCUUCAGGCAGAGGACCUCAAGUCCAGCGACCAAGGGCAGUCCCGGCCUACAUCGGUUUACCCCCGUCCCGUUUGGCCUCUCUCCCUUCCGUGCAGGAAGGCGAGCGGUUUGUGAGCCUCGAAUCGUCGAGUGCUAUCUCGCGGGAGCUCCACACCUUGCGACGGGAGAAUGUAGAGCUCCGCGAUAAGUAUGACCAGCUUCGGCGGGACUUCCAGGAUCUGUGUGCGCACCUCGGUGUCGAAGGGCGUUUCAACCACGACAAUGUGCCCGAUGGCGCUGGAGGCCCUCUGCCGCGUCUGGUUCCGAUGCACCCACCCAUGAUCGACAACGAUGUCGAUAUGGAUCAGGACCGGGUGGCUCCCGCAGCCAUCACGCUGUCCGGGCAAGCCGACAAAGCCCAGGCCGAGGGUGUCGACAUCGGUGCGGGGAAUGAGAUCAAGGCGGGAGAGCGAUCCGAGAACUAUCCACCGUUGUUCGACGAUGAUGUCAACAUGGAUGAUGACCCGGUAGUUCCCAGCACCGGCGUGAUUUCUGGGCAACCCGAGACGGCCCAGGCCGAAGGUUUCGAUGUGGGGUCGGCGGAGUUACCGAAGAUGUCAGAGGGCUCCGGCGGGAGUCACUCGGGAAGUGUGACGCCUCAUUCUGAGACGGCGACUUCCCCACGACCUGUCCCCGAGAGCCCCGAUGUGUCCGGCGCAUCCGCCAAGUCACCGGGCAUGGCUGACGACGAGUGUGGGCAGAGUCAGCUGCCCGGUCAGGCUCAACAAGCACCGGGUCCCGCCGCCCAACCGUCCGAGGCACCUCCCCCACUUCCUGUUGCCCUCGGCGAGAUCUCGGGCGACACGCCCAAUAGCGAUAGGGAAGAGGAAGGCGGGGCGGGUGCAUACACUGAGCGGAACGUCAAUGACUCUCAAAGAACCGUGCCCGAAUCCACCCAAGAAUCGAUCCCCGCAACACCCGAUGCAUCCGACGACACCUCACACUCACACGAUGUGAAGGCCCCUGGCGCAUGUGCCAUUUCUGCCGAGGCAUCGGAUGCGGCAACACUCAAGGACGCCACAGUCCCGACUGCUACAUCCGCGGAUCCCGCCCACAUCGACCACCCUCCCGAGUCAGAUCCCGCCCACUUCGACCACCCAUCCGAGUCAAAGGAGGCCAUGGAAGCGAAUGGCGUCAUCUAUAUAUAUGGCACCCAGAUAGCAAACAAGGUGAAGCAGUCCAAGGAUCCGCGGUAUCAGGAUGCCGAUCUUAUUCGGAAGAUGUGGAAGGCCGUCCAAUCUCUGACGUUCAACAUCGCGGAUAUGUUACGGUCUGCCACGGAAAAGAAUUGGCUGGUGUAUGUGCCCCCCAUCGCCAUUUCCGCCAUGGAAGAGCUAGCCAGCAAUGCGUCGGACGACUGCAAGACACGGAUGGCCCGAAUCAAAGCUGAUGACCCAAGGGUCUUCAAGAACAGCUGGUAUUCUGCGAGCGCGCCGCCGGGCAUGUCCCACUUGUUUCCCAUAGCCGAUGCGGCCACGGCCCCUGGUUCAUCACAGCUCAGUGCUAUCCCCAGGAUGCCCCAAAAUGCUUCUCGCACUGUGGCGGACCACUGCACUCAACAACACCGUCUGCGACCCGGGAUGCAGUUUCCUUCGAGCUCCCUGACUUCGGUCGUGUUGCUAUGGACGAAAAUGGACCCGCCGAGCCUGGUGUCGCCCGAGUCCUCGGCCCACACCACCAAACAUGGAGGAUGCGUCGGCUACGCCCCAUUGGGAGUGCCUCAAGGCAUCGGACGACGAGGUGGACAGUGCCGGUAUGGUCCUCGGGCUGGUCAUGCAAGUGACCAGGGCAUCGAGCUGUUCGAGACUGCAGCUGAUGUCUCAUGCGAACUGUAUGAACUUCGGCAGGAGAACGCGAAGCUUCAUGUGAUGCACGACCAGCUUCGCGAGGACUUUGCGGCUUUGCGGCAGCGCCUCCUUGCAGAUACCAAGGCAACUGACUCGACCAAAAUGUCACACAACAGUGAUUAA